AUGGCAUCGUAUAAAUUAAUCACAGUUGGAAUAGUUACCUAUUUGAUAUACGCAUGGACAUUUGUGUGUUCUCCAAUAGCACCACUAACACAAACUGAUGAAUGCAAACUAUCACCUAUCAAUUUCCAUUUAUGUAAAGUGAGUGAUGGGUAUAUACGACCAUAUAUACAACCGGUCUAUGAUACUCAGGUUCUUCCGAAAUUAGUUGAAUGGGAUACGCAAUGGCAGAUCAGUGAGAGGGUCAGUAGUGCAUGGGACGUGUAUGAUGAAUUCGAUGAGAAGUAUGGAAUGAGAGCAGGAUUAAGUGUGGUCUUUGAUGGAUUAAGCAAGUUUUAUAAUUGGUUUGAAACUUCAGUAUUGAUUCAUUUACAACGUGGUUUGCAAUUGGGGUUGAUUAAAGUUUGGUUUUGGGUUAAUGUGGCGAGGACCAAUGUUUGUUAUGCUUUGGCACCCAUUUGGUUACAAUUUUAUCAAGUCAUGGAGAAAUUUGCAUCGAUACCUGUAGUUAAUCAAGUGUUGAAACAAGUUGAGGAUGUUUAUCGACAAUUGAUAAAUUCGCCGCAUGCAGCCAAUUUCCAUCAACGAAGUCUAUUCAUUCAAAAAGAGGUUAAGAACUUGAUCAAGUUUGAUGAAUUUUCCCCACGUGAAUUUAAAUCCAAUUUAAUCCACGUAGUUAAGGACUUGCUUGGACAGAAGUAUGAAAAUGGAGAGGAUUGGGACGGUAUUACUGAUGAAGAAGAAGAGACGAUUGUUAUCACUUCAACUAUAUCUGUUUAUGAGAAUGGGGCGUUGGUGACGGAAGACAUUGAACCGGAAUUGUAUGAAAUUUAUCAAGAGAUUGACUAUUGGCAACAAAAGGUUGAUAAAACAAUCAAUAUAGCCAAAGUCAAUCUUGAAUCUGAUUUACAACUCAUUUUGAAUCAACUGAUUGAAGAAUUGAAACCAUUAAUUAGUCAAGAGUUUCAAGAGUUGCAACAAGUCAAUUAUCAACAAUACAAGGAUAUCCAUAACAAGAUUGCGCAAAUCUAUAAGGAUGUGGAGAAGAUCCAAACCACUAAUGAAACUGCAGUUGAAGCUGUAACUCGGCAAGAAAUUAGAGAUGAUAUAGCUGCUAGUUAUGCAUCAGGUAAAGAAUGUUCCAUCAAAGUACAAGAUAUCUUGUCAUUAACUCAUGAAAAGUUACUUGUUGACUAUUUCAAUUUGGUUCAAUCAACAAUUGAUAUUUUAGAAUCGUUUGCUGAUUCAUCUAUAAAUGAAUUCAAUUCACGACUUUCUUACCUUAUAUCUGAGCCACAGAGUCAACUCAAGGAUGAACAAAUUUGGCAAAUUUGGAAAAAAUUCCAUUUGAUCAAGGAUCAAUUUUUCCAAUUUAGAGAUGAAUUGUUAACCAAUGCUUAUAAAUAUAAACAAGAUAACAAAGCUCAUGCCAAUGAUGUUAUCGGCAUGAAGUUGUGGAAUGAGUAUUUGAAAAAUGUCGAGUAUCAUUUGAAUUUUUUGAUUAGAGAUAAUGCUGAUUAUUUACAGUUGGUGCGAGCUAAAGCAAAUUUAGCAUUUCAGGCGCGAGAGGAGUUGGUUUAUGAGUUGACUAAUGGGGAAGAAGACCUGUGGGGUAAGUAG